GCCCGCCAGCUUGGCCCUGCGCAAGCAGGAGGAGGAGGACAAUAAGAAAUGCAAAGCGCUAUCCGACAGCUAUGAACUCUCCACCGACCUACAGGAUAAGAAGGUGGAGAUGCUGGAGAGGAAGUAUGGGGGCUACUUCUUGAGUCGGCGUGCGGCGCGCACCAUCCAGACGGCGUUCCGCCAGUACCGCAUGAACAAGAACUUUGAGCGCCUGCGCAGCUCCGCCUCCGAGAGCCGCAUGACGCGCCGCAUCAUCCUCUCCAACAUGCGGCUGCAGUACUCGUUCGACGAGCGCCCGCCGUCGCUGCCCUCGCAGACGCCGCCCACGGAGACGCCCUACGGUACCCAGGGCAUGGGCACCCCCGAGCUGGAGCCCAGUCUGCCUGCCGCCUCCGCAGGGGACUACACACACCUGGAGGACUCCUUCUCCAAACAGGUGAAGUCUCUGGCCGACUCCAUAGACGACGCGCUGACGUGCCGAGCCGGCCGAGACGACUCGCAGGAUGGCAGCGGGGAGGUUGGGGGCGGCAGCAGCACGGCCGAGGACUACGGCGAGUGUGUGUGGAGCAACAGCAGCCACCCGUCGGCAUCGCCCUCACCCUCGUCUCGCCGUGGCCUCGGCAACCGCGAGCGUAGUGGCGGCGGCGGCCUGAGCAUGCACGAGGACAGCACGGCCACCUCCUACAGCGACGUCACGCUCUACAUGGACGACGGCAUGCCCUCGUCGCCACUCUCGCUGGACCGGGCGCCCAGCAGCACCGACACAGAGUUCUGGGGCAUGGGGGGCAUGGGCGGGGGCCGCGAGGACAGCCGGGACACAGAGGGUGGGGGCAGCAGCAACAGCCGACGAAGCACGCCGUGCACGGAGUGCCGCGAUUACCGGCUCCGCGGGCCCCACCUGCCCGUGCUGACCAUUGAGCCGCCCAGCGACAGCUCAGUGGACAUGAGCGACCGCUCCGACCGCGGCUCUCUUGGGCGCCAGCUGGUGUACGACCAGGAUCCGCCACAGGGGGCGCUCAAGCACAACGCCACCAGCCCCGCCGGCGCCCGGUCAGUGAUGGUGCCCUGCGCCACGGCCCAGGGCCAGACGCGCCCCGCCUCCCGCCCGCUCCCCACCCAGAUCCCGCCCCACUUGGCGCACCACCACCACCACCAUCACCACCACCACCACCACCACUACCCCGACACGCCCUCGUCGUCCUCGUCUCCACAGCAGCCCCCCACCACCCCGCUGUCCUCCUCCUCGUCCGCCCCACACGCCCCCGGCAGCCUGGAGCAGCCCUGCUGCUCGGACGGCGACAAUGACUCGCUCAACUCCACCACCAACUCCAAUGAGACCAUCAACUGCAGCUCGGGCUGGCCGGGUCAGGGACAGCCUGGAGGGGAGCCCGAUGCCCCGGCUGGGCAAGUUAGACCUACCAGCGGAGAGCCAGCCCUGGCUGGGACUCACGCCCUCAGCUUCAACAACGACGUGGUGCAGAGGAGGCAGUACCGCAUCGGCCUCAACCUCUUCAACAAGAAGCCAGAGAAGGGCAUCCAGUACUUGAUCGAGCGGGGCUUCGUGUCGGACACGCCGGUGGGCAUUGCCCGCUUCAUCCUGGAGAGGAAGGGCCUGAGCCGGCAGAUGAUCGGGGAGUUUCUGGGCAACCGGCAGAAACAGUUCAACAAGGACGUGCUGGACUGUGUGGUGGAUGAAAUGGACUUCUCUGGUAUGGACCUAGACGACGCCUUGAGAAAGUUCCAGGCUCAGAUCAGAGUGCAAGGAGAAGCCCAGAAAGUGGAGAGACUUAUCGAGGCAUUCAGUCAACGGUACUGUGUGUGUAACCCAGCCCUGGUGCGUCAGUUUCGGAACCCAGACACGAUCUUCAUCCUGGCGUUUGCCAUCAUCCUCCUCAACACGGACAUGUACAGCCCCAACAUCAAACCAGAGAGGAAGAUGAAGCUGGACGACUUCAUCAAAAACCUCCGAGGUGUGGAUAAUGGGCAGGACAUCCCCAGGGAUCUCCUGGUGGGGAUCUACCAGCGCAUUCAGAAGUGGGAGCUGAGGACCAAUGACGACCACGUGUCCCAAGUCCAGGCGGUGGAGAGAGUGGUGGUCGGCAAGAAGCCAGUGCUGUCUCUGCCCCAUCGUAGGCUGGUGUGUUGCUGUCAGCUGUAUGAAGUUCCUGACACAAACCGACCCCAGAGAACAGGAGUUCAUCAGAGAGAGGUCUUCCUCUUCAACGACCUGCUGGUGGUCACGAAGAUCUUCCAGAAGAAGAAGACCUCGGUGACAUACAGCUUCAGACAGUCCUUCCCAUUGGUGGAGAUGCAAGUCCACAUGUUCCAGAACUCCUACUACCCUCACGGUGUGAGACUGACGUCGGCCAUCCCAGGCGGAGAGAGGAAGGGGCUGAUCGUGUUCGCGGCUCCGAGUCAGCAGGACCGCACACGCUUCAUCAGCGACCUGCGCGAGAGCAUCGCCGAGGUGCAGGAGAUGGAGAAGUACCGUGUGGAGUCGGAGUUGGAGAAGCAGAAGGGCGUGAUGCGGCCCAGCCUGCUGACGGGCGGUGUGGUCGGGGGGAUGGGCAGUGGGGGGAUGAAGAAUGACGUGGUGAACGGCACCCUGGGAAGGCCCAGUCUGGACGACACCUACGCCCCGUCUGAAGGCCUGAAACGCAGCGCUCUCAGCUCGUCCCUCAGGGACCUCUCUGACGCAGGGAAGCGUGGUCGCCGAAACAGUGUUGGUUCUCUGGACAGUACCAUGGAACAGCCCUCGUCCUCACCAGCGCUACCCCGUAGCCACUGUGCUCCCCAGCAGCAGCUUUGGCCUGGACGACUACCGGCCGCAGCGCCCCAUCCUGAGCCCCGGAGUAAUGGGGAUGGGGGGUGGGCCGGGGCUCGCACACACGCCUGGGGGGGUGACUGGAGGUGGGCUAGUCUCCAACAGCAGCGCGGCGGCGCUACCCUCCUGCUCGAUGGCGUCGGCGUCGGUGGGGGUGGGGGGUGGCGGAGGGGGGCAGCAGCAGCAGCAGCAGCAGCACUGGACUGACGGGCGCAGGGUCUUUCCUGGGCUCCCUGUUUGGGGGCAAGCGGGCCAAGGUGCCCCCCGUGCCGCCUAUCAUCCCCCCGGGGCCACCCUACCCGG